AUGCGAGAAAUGAGGGAUAUUCCUUCAAUUGAUGACGUCAUUCCGACCACUGCCUCCGACGAGGAAUGCGCAAUGAUUUCAAGUUAUGGAGUGCCCAAGGAUACAAUCAAUACAGAAAUGUUGAAAGAAGCUGCCGCAAGACUGAAGCCAGACUCGCUAUCAGUGUGCCCGGCUUUAGUGCGAUCGUCACCGAGUUCUUCAACGAAACCCCCGGGUAGUCCAACGAUUAUUGUCAGCCCACCAGAGGAGGAUCUUGAGAAUGGUCAUUUGCCGAUUUACGAUCCGCAUCUUAAAGAUCCAGACUGUCCCCGUGUGCAAACAACUUCCGGACGUGGCUCACUAUUGCUGGCGUCAGCGAUCGCUCUCAUCGUAUUGCUCACCGUUCUCUUCAUCAUCAUUCUAGCAGCCGAUUUCGAACGGGAUGAGGAAAAGGCU